AUGUUUAAUGAAGAUUAUUAUAGAAGAUUAAUAGUUUAAUCAUAAAAUUAAUAAAUAAGAAUAAUAAAUACAGAUAGACCAUGGUAUCCUAAAAUGAAAUAAAAAGAUAUAAUUAGACCAUUAUUUAGUGAAGAUUUUAAAUUUUUUGUAUUACCACCUAAUAAGAUGAUUUCAUUAUUAAAAAGACAUAAAAUAACAAUACCAACAGAUGAAUAAAUAAGAGAAUUUCUUAAAAAUCAUUCAUUAAAGAAUAUUGUAGAUUAUGGAGUUAAAUUAAAAAGUACUACAGAAAUUAAAGUACAUCCUCCUUAAGUAAUUAUUUAAAAUUAAAGAAAAAGAGCAAAAACUAAAUAAUAAUUAAUUAUUAAUAAAAAGACUAUUAAUAUAUAACCUAUUAAUAAUAAUAUAAUAGAACCAACUAAAUAAUCUACAUCAUCUUAAUAUAAACCUUCAUAUCAUAAAACUUUAAAAAUAUAUAAGACUGAUUAUUCUAAUUAAGAUCUAUAUACAAUCAUAAAUAAAUUAAAUUUCUCACCUAUGUAAAUUAAUCAAUCACCUAAAUAAACAAAAUAAAAUAUACAUAUUAAUACUUUACCAUCUNGGAUUAAUUUCUGUUUCAUUUAUAAAAAAAGCAAAUGGACGAUCAAUUUUAAGUUGUUAAUUUUUGAAUAAUUCUAUCAAAAUAUCAUGAAAAAGACAUGA